GAAGGUGGAUACGGCAAAGGGUUUUUAUUAUUUGUGUUAUCUGCUGCUGUUUUCGUUUAUAGCUAAAAGAAUAAAAAGCUUUGAAAUAACCCUUAAAUACAAGUGCAGAUAAAUCUAAAUGGGUGAUAACAAAAUAUGCGACAUUAGCAAUGAGGUGCUUGAUGAAUUGAAAAAGUUUCGUUUUCGUAAAAGCAAAACUAAUUCAGCGCUGAUAUUAAAAGUUGAUAGAGAGAAGCAAUCGGUGGUGCUCGAUGAGUUCAUUGAUGAUAUUUCUGUGGAGGAGCUGCAGGAUUUACUGCCUGGCCAUCAGCCCCGCUACGUGAUUUACACAUAUAAAAUGGUGCACGAUGAUCAGCGUAUUUCGUAUCCCAUGUGCUUCAUCUUCUACACACCGCGAGACAGUCAAAUAGAACUGCAAAUGAUGUAUGCCUGCACAAAAAGCGCGCUGCAACGAGAAGUGGAUCUGACUCGAGUGUACGAAAUACGUGAAUUGGAUGAAUUAACCGAGGAUUGGCUGAGGGCGAAGCUUAAGUAGAUACAGAUCAUACUCUGUGCGUCAUUCACAUAUAGAAAGCAAUAUUUUACAAAUAGUUUCUCAUAUAUAUUUUAAAUGGAGCCGAAACGAAAUACCAACGAUAACGAUACAUACCAAACAGCAAAGCAAAGCAAUUUAACAAAUAUGACAAUUCCUUCUUUUAUAUGAGCAAAAUAAUAUAUUUAACAUUAUUUAUACAACUCCAACAAAAAGCAAGCUGCAAACAGUAUAGAGUUUUACAUUUUAAUGUAUUUGUAAUACAUUUUUAAAGUAUUUUAGUUGAGAGUUUAAGAAGCAAGACAAAUGAUCUUAUAGAAGCUGUGCUUGCCAAAUUUUAUAUAUUUAUUGUACAAACAGCAAAAAACAUGACAAAGAAUUCCAUUUUUUAUAUACAUAGUUGCAUAUGUAAUGCUUAAACAAAGUGUUCAAUAUAUUACAAAAUAUCAAACUGUACUUAA